UGGUAGCCUGAAGGGUGGGGCGGGAUGACCCCCUUCCCCAGCCAUGGAACUCAGCCUGAGGCCUUGUUCUCACUCAGCUCGUUUGUGAAGCUGAGAUUACUGGGCUCUUGUACAUUUGAAGGAAUCUUAAACAGGAAUACAUUGACUUAUUUCCUGACAAAACACGCAGUUUGCCAAGCAUAAGGUUACCUGCUAUUUGCAUGUACCAUCUCCCCACACCGGCCAUGUAAAUCAGGCAUUAUUCCCAUUUUACAAGUGAGGAAACUCAGGCUCAGAGAGGAGCUAGCAAGCCCAGAAUGACACAGGUGUUAAGUCAGAAACCCAGGUUUUGAACCUCGUUCCUGAUACCCCAAGGUGAUUACGCUUUCCGCUCCGCUGCACUUGUCACCUGGAAAGCAGAGGAGUCAGAACAGGGGCUGUCUUGUCCAGCCUUCUUACCCCAGUCUGUGCCCCAAAUAAUACACUUAGUUUCAGAAGGAAAGCUAGAGUCCCAAAGAUGUCCAAAUGUUCAUCAGCAACAUUUGGAAGUGUUUUUAGCCAUUAAGAUGGCUGUCAAUUUUCAGUUCAGUCAUGGCUGACUGCAAGGUAGAUUCACAAGAAGAAAAUAAUACUUCAUUGAUGUUUUUCAUUGUUUAGAUCUAUUUACCACUCAGUGGCAAUUCUUAUUCUUCGCAAUUGUCUGAAAAAGUUCUUGGCUGAGUCAGGCAGCAGUUUGUUCUUAAAUACUAGCUUACUGGGGAAGUAUUGGCAGUUUACAUUCCUAACGUUGGAUUUUUUUUUUUUUUCCCUCUGAUCGGGUAUUACUCGGUUACAAGCUACUGGUCACCUGGGAGUUGAGUGUUUUAAAUUUUUCGUUAUUGGGAGAUGUUAGACUAGUCUUUGCUAUGGCUAAAUAGACCAGAGGAGCUGAUACAGUUUGGGAGCACAUGUGCCACUGGGCUGAGGGCUUUGCAUACAUUAUUCUAGUUUGCUUCUCCUAAUUACCCUUUAAGUUAAUGGUAUUAAAGCCUCUUUCCUUGCCUGACAGUAAGUGGGGAGAACUCCUAUGUGUAAGGACGCAGCAAAUAAGGGACAGAGUCAGAGUUCGAGCUGCAAAGCUGCCCGCUCCGUUCCCUGUGCUCCUCAGGGAGAGCAGCCAUUCCUGCCCCAGCAGUGGAGGUGAUAGAAGCCGCCGUGAAAAGGUUUCUGGAAGAGCUUCCUACGUUUGCAUCUCCAUCCAAAAGAGGACGCUGUCGGGCAGCUAGAACUUAACUGAGUUCGGUGGGCCUCUUGUGAACAGAAAUGUAUGUGGUGAGCCAUGUGGCACUCAUGUGACUUAAUUGCCAAGCCCCUUUCUGUUUUUUUUUUUGACUUUUCACAUUAACAUCUGGCAUGGGAACACAUUCGUUUGCUACAGGGAUAAUUCACAAUUCAGCUGGGCUUGGAGAAUAAAAGGUAGGUCAGUAACUAGAGUGUAUGUAAACCUGAGUUGUCACGAGCGCUCUUGGAGUUGAAGCAUCUUUUCCAUGGGGAUUAGAAGCACCUUGGCCCCUCUGCCUCUAAGGUAAGGUGGCUGGUUUUGUUCCAGAGGUGAAUUGUGUUUAGACUGUACAGCUAGGCAACUAUGAUUACAAUUAUGAAAUGAGGUUCAGUGUAUAUUCCAGAAAGAGGCGAUGCCAGGCAGCAAAGAAGCCUAUAUGUUAGCCCCUUUGACUACUUAUGGAAUAGGCAUAAUUUCUUCUAUUUUCUUCAUGAAAAAAAGAAAACGGUAUUUUUAACAGUUUGUGAUAUGUGUGUAACCUACCUACGCACUUCAGUCACCUUGUCACACUUAGUCCCCAUGACAGCCCUGUGAGGUGGGUGCCCCUACCGUCUGUUUUGGAGAUGAGGAUUCACGCGGUUUGCUCCUUGCCAGACACCUGAAAGGGAUGGGACUGGGCUUUGAAACCCUGUAAUCUGAUUCCAGAGUCUAGCUGUAAACACUGUUUGCAGCUUGUUUCUGUUCUAAUUCUGUUGAGCAUUUGACAUUGCCAGUAUUUAGAAGUCAGAUGCUUCCUUUUAAUAAGACCCUCACACAGCCUUCGUGGCUUUUAUAGCCUCAAUGUCAGUAAACUGAUUGCUGUCAAACUCAACAUGUUUCUCCGUUAGUCCCCAUGAUAAAUUUUUGAGAGACCAGGUCAAGUGAGCUCAAGGUCAGAAGGAAACCCCACCAGCAGCGGACGCUGCCCUCAGGCUUUUCCCCCGGGAAAAGAUGAGACUCCGUCUAGAGGAAGUAUGUUUGUCACACACCUGGCCCCUCCUCUCUGGUGUGUGGAAGUUGUCUUUGUCUGAUGCUGUGGAUAAUUCUGCAUUAAAAAGCUCACUGUUCCUAUUUAAAAACAACAUUAAGUAGCUAUUUUAUUUAUUAUAUCCAAAGUUAAUAAUGCUAGGUAUUUUCUGUGUUUUUGAGAACCUUCCUAAGUUAUCCAAAAAAAUGUUUCUAGUCCAAGGAGGUCAAAGGCACCGGUUUUGUAACCAGUGUUGUGAGUUUAGAAGGUAGGCAGACAUUUCAUUGAUAGGGAUUUUAAUAGUGAUUGAUUUGUGCCCUCUCAGCGUUUGGUGCGCACAGGGCCUUCAUCUACAGUGUUUUAUAUAAUCCUUGGUCAUCAGCCUACUGGGCAAUAAUCUGCCAAGAGGAUCCGGCUUCACAGGUGGUUGUACCUGAAUAUGAACGAGGUAGAGAAAGUCGCAAGGAGGGAACGGGGGCUUGGGCACCCGUGACUCAGGUGUGCUCGGAACAGCCUCAGGAGUGUCCAGGUGUAAAUGCUAAUGGCAGAGCCGUCUGCGCUUUCCCCUGCCACGGCGUCCGUUUACCUCUGUCUCAGGGUGCGCCAUCGGAGGUCAUUUCCCUCCGUGACUAGCUACACCAGUUGCAGUGGCCAGAGAACUUUGCUUGGUUUAAAGAAGCCUGCCAUCUUUGUCACCUGGACAGAGGGGAAGUACCAAUGUAGAAAUGUUAGAAAUGUUGCAUUAUUGUGCAAAUGGUUUAGAAGCCAAGACAGUGCUUUCAAACAGGUGACCUCCCUGGGUCAUGGCCUAGGUGUCUUUCCUCCCCAUCAAGCUGUAUUUGUGAAUCACAGCCUCGGUCCUCAUACUGGCACUUGCUUCUGUGGAUUCUUAAUCCAGAAUACCCACUGAGAUGGUUUUGCAGAAGUACCUGCAGGAGUGCUCUGCAUUCCUUAGUCACCAGAGCAGGCUUGGUUCAUUCUCUGGACUUCUCCUCCAGCAGAAUGCUUUCCACUUCUUGCUAAGGUAUAUGAUCUUAUCAUCCAGUCUGUCAGAUUUCAGGGCUUCAGUUCUAGGAGGAAUGGCACCUCCAAGUUUUAAGAGGACUCGAAGAGAAAAUGGCAAAACUGCCUCCUGUGAUUUUUCAGGAAUCUUGGAAGCUGGGAAAGGUGCUAGAAAACUUAAAGUGCACAAAUGGAAUCUUGGUUUGGAUGAUUCUUCAGUUAUCUCGUCACAUGAUUUGAGAAUUUCUUACGAUUAAUAUAUAAGGUGUUACGGUGAAAGAGUUGGUAGCAGGUUAUACCAGGCAAGUAAGUUAUUUUCUUCCCUCCCCCUCUUUUUUCCCUUCCUCCCUCUUGUCCUCUUUCUUUUCCUCCUCUGCUUUCUUUCUCUCUCUCAUAGGAUUAUGAGGCUGGUAGGUGAGAGGUGUGCGUGUGGACUGAUAAUGCACAUCUUCUGAACAGAACUGAGACUGGAUGAGAGAAGAGAGGAGCAGGUUCAUGGCUGGUCUGUCGGGGCUUAAGUGUUGCCUGGAAUAUAAGAGAAUUGGAAACAGUCGUAUUUGGGGAUCAUUUCCUACUGUGGUGGCUUCUGAAAAAAGAUACUUAAGUACACUCCCAGGAAGUCGCUGCUUCUCCGCCAACUGCACAGUGCACUGAAGGAUGCUUGCCGAAGGAUUUUAUCAUGUGAAGUCUUUCUGGAUUUCGGUGGACUCUUUCUAGAAAUGCAGAUAAAGAAGAUGAAGGAUAUCGGACAGCAGUUGUAUACCACACAAGUGAAUGACGGACGUAAUUCCUUGACCAUGUCACCCAAACAGCCUAAUGCUAGUCGAGCGACUCGGCCAGACAGACAAGAAGCUCAGGCUCUUUUGUUUCAGGGCUCGGAGGCCGAGGCUGCCGUGAUGACCAUCGCUACGUGUGCCAAGUGUCAGAGUGUGCACAAGCUCCCUCUUCAUGAUCUGAAGAAGGGCGCUGGGCAGAGCCAGAAGGACGACAAGUACGUUUGCUUCAAGUGCAGCCUCGGUGCGGCUCCCCAGCAUUUUCCUUUUGUGAACAGUAGCCCCGGUGCUGCUCAGAUAGGAAAUAACCCCGAGCCCAUGUCAAGUGCUGUCGGUAACAAAUUUAAGGUAAGGAACUUUAAGCCAGGUAAAUACUAUUGUGAUAAAUGUCGAUUUUCCACAAAGGACCCACUGCAGUACAAAAAGCACACACUUCAGCAUGAAGAGAUUAAAUUCAUUUGCUCUCACUGCAGCUACAUUUCCUACACGAAAGGGGAGUUUCAGAGGCACUUGGUGAAACAUACAGGCAUAUUCCCUUACCAGUGUGAGUACUGUGACUACGGCGCUAUUAGAAAUGACUACAUUGUCAAACACAGGAAGAGGGUGCACGAGAAGGCCGGUGGGAAACGGCCGCCCAGAACCGGGGCCAAGCUGGAGCCAAAGAGAACCAGCGCUUCAAAGCCAAACCUGGAGCUUCUAAAAGCUUCCAGUCCAAGGACUGCGUUUCCAAAUAAGUUGUCGGAUCAGUUGUCAAGGUUCUCCCUCCACACGAAUAAAGACCGAACGCACAGCAUUAUGUUGUUCCCUGAAUCAAAGGAACACCAGAAGGAUGUCGUGUGCGUUCCGAAUAAAGCGAGCCUGUCGGAGUCGAGCGGAGCCAGCCCGUUUGAGAACAGAAGCGUGGAGGUGGAAGUGCUGUGCCCCGCGAGGGAGCCCGUCCAGCCGGGGAUGCCGCUGACCGUCGUGGCGCCAGCAGAGCUGGUGGUCCCUGCGAACUGUUUAGCCCAGUUGAUGGACGUGAAGGUUGUCAAUGGAACACAGCAGCUUGUUCUGAAACUGUUUCCUCUGGAAGAAAAUAAUUGCCUUGAAGCUGGAGGGGCUGAUGGAGGCAGUUCUAAACGUGUGACUAAAGAGAAAAGUUCAAGUGAGCAAGAAAAAGUGGCUUCUUCUGAACAGACAAAGUCACUGACGAUUGACGGGAAUGUUGGAAAACUGGCAGGCAUUGAUAACCUUCAGUCAUCAGUUCAGAAACAACUUAAAAACGUGAAAUGGGUAAGGUCUUACGAUUUUCUCAUGUCAAAUUCUAGUGUGCACAGUGGUGGGGAAUCCUUUCUCAACUCUGAUAUAGUUGAGAAUUUGCAGAGAAAAUGUUACAUGUAUCCACAUAGAACUGCUCUUCCCUCCGUUGCCUUAAAAGGUCAUUCUCCAUCAUCUCUCAUAAAGAGCAGUGUUCUAAGUGGUCUUGGGACCGCAUCCACCUCUUUUCCGUACAAAGCUGCCGUUUCUUUUACUGAAGGUAGAAGACAUUUACACGGUGACUCACACCAGUUAUUUCCUGUUGCUGCUUCGCCUGCAACCAUUUCCUUCUCUGGAGAAAAGGGCUCCCUGCCCUUAAGUAGAACUGAGCUGGAACCUAGACGUGAGGUCAGCAUCCCUGUGAAGAUGGUCCCCUCCAGCCGGAAGCUGAAAGCCCACCAGACACAGGAGCACAGGGCGGUCCCAGCUGCGGCCCAGGCCUCCUCCCAGCGCACCGGUGAGUGUUUGCACAUAAACAUAACGGGAGAAGACGGAAUCGGGUCUCAGCAGCCCGGGGGCGAACCGCGGGAACUACAGAGUUCCGAAAGGACUAAGGACGCCUUCGACGGCCCAGUCAUCUCCUCAGUGUUUUCUCUGAGCUCGGGGUCUGAGAACGUCCCUGAGGGCAUUAAGUGGAAUAGUUCGACGUCUAAAAUAAAGUCAAUUGAACUCUUGCGCAGAAAGAUAGCUCAGCUGAUUGAGUCCUGUGGCAGGCCUUCAUCUUUGGCCGCAAACAGCGCACAUCUUCAUUCUGUGGGGAAGGCAUCCAAGGCCACUUCAAAAGCCACCCCUGAAGGUAUUCAAGAAAUUAACAUGUCAUUCACUGGCGCUGGCUAUUCCACGGGCACCCUCCAGAAACCUCAGGAUGACGGUAGGGUUAAUGGACAGCUUACUCGUCAGCAGGUGUAUCCACAGUUUGUGGAAGGCGGCAGUGGGAAAGCCGACAGCAGAGUAACCAGGAAGCCACACGUGGCUACUCCAGUACUGAUCUCCAAAGGGGCUGUGUUGAGGGUUCUUAAUUCCUCCGAGAAUUCCCACAUUAUAGAGGCCACAUGUGAAGCACCUGUCAGCGUCCCUUGCAAUGAGACACAGGUAAUCAAACCCGCUCCGUUCUGUCCGGUGAAGCAGACAGACUCAGACGUGCAGUCUUUGACGAAUGAAAGCGGGCCAGUAGACCUGUCCCAAACUCCUGAUGUGUCUCUUCGGCCUAAAUCAAGAAAAGAGACUGCUCAUUGUAGCGCCCUGUCUAAAAGACCCGGACCCCUGCAUGGACAGCAAGGAAGCGGUGAAGUGAGUAAGCAAGGGAAACUGUUGUCCAGGAGUCUUCCUAUAAGUAAAAAUAAAGCCAAACAAGUAAACUCAUCCAAGAGGAAAAGCAGACUUCAGGCUGAUGCCAGCCGCUGCCUCAAGGAUCCUUCCAUCUUUCAGGUUGCCAGACAGCUUCGACUGAUUGCAGCUAAACCAGACCAGCUGAUCAAAUGCCCACGGCGCAACCAGCCUGUCAUUGUGUUAAACCACCCUGACGUUGACUCACCGGAAGUGUCCAACGUGAUGAAGGUCAUCAACAAGUACAAGGGCAAUGUCCUGAAGGUGGUCCUGUCGGAGCGGACCCGGUGCCAGCUGGGCAUCAGGCGGCAUCACGUCCGGCUCACCUACCAGAACGCGGAGGAGGCCAGUCAGGUCAGAAGGCAAAUGAUGCUGAAAAUGAAGCUUAAAAAAGUGCAUAAAAACAACUACCAGGUGGUGGAUUCCUUGCCUGAUGACUCAUCGCAGUGUAUAUUUAAGUGCUGGUUCUGUGGGCGGCUCUACGAAGACCAGGAAGAGUGGAUGAGUCACGGCCAGCGGCACCUGAUAGAAGCCACGAGAGACUGGGACAUCCUUUCCUCCAAGGGCGAAUGAGCGAAAAGGUGGUCUUCGGAGCAAAGUGUUCUUACCUUCAGUUUAUUCUGGUUGGGCUGUUUGGUUUGCUUUCCCUCCCUGACUCAACAGGAGGAGGACAGAAUGCCAGGAGGGGCGGCUGGUUCAUCCUUCGGGUCCUGGGAUGUUGAGAGCCGGGCGUCGGCCCGGGACCGUGGCGACCGCAGCCCCUGAAGGAGUUACGCACAAGUUCACAAACAUGCAUUUUUCUGAAGAGAAGUGAAACUCUCAGCAGAUUUUUUAGUGGGAUCUGAGACUUUCCUUCGGUCAGCACCCUUCUCCUGAGUAGAUGAAAAUCUUUUCUGAUCCAUUCAGGGGGACGAGUUCAGGGUGUUCUAUUCGUGCGCCUUGUGGAACAAAUGCUACUGAAGAACUAAACCCAUGUCUGGGUGUGCACCUCCACUUUUUCUUUUCUUUUUUUUUUUUUUGCAUUAACUCAUCUCCCGAAUAUUUGGUACAUAAUGGAAAUUCUGUCUUCUACUUUGUUACCUUAAGUUUGGUUAUAGAAAAGUGGCCAUUCUGGUCCCUCACCCACUCUGCAGUGUUCCUGAGUGUUCUCUACAAACAGAUUUGUGCUUUCAUUGACACUUUUAAAAAAUGAUUCCCAGUGGUUUGCCUGAACUUACUGCAACAGCAGGUGUUAGGGGAAGAAAGAAACAUUUUCAGGCCUUUGCUUUCUUUUUAAACACCUUGAUUUAUGACAGUUGGGGAGGGAGUGUGCCUUUUUGCCAAAAAAAAAAAAGGAAAAGUAGAAAUAGUCACUGAGGGAAAAUAUAUAAAACUGUCUCCUGUUUUCCCCAGCACUGCCACAAAAGACAAGUAAGUAACCAACCUAAAAUGUGGGUGAACAGGCUUCUUACAGCAUCGGCAGAAUUUGGGGAAACAGUUCAAAACAGGAUGGUGAGGAGAGCUGUGGCUUUAAUGGAACUUUUGGUUUUCAUUUGGGAAAACGCAGACCGUGGGUGGGGGCUGCCCACUCUUCCUCCGUCGCUGGUGGACCACAGACACUGCUCCCCAGGCCAGAGCCUCUUCUCCCUUUGCCUUGAGGCCACUUAAGGUUUUCCGUCAUGAAAAUAGUAAAAUCAGGCAGGAAUCAACAGGAUGGGACCCGCCCAUAUCCCUGGCUUUCAUUGAUGGCAACGGUCUGCUUCUGACUCGUCUGAGUCGCAGCCAUGGUUUCCCUGUUGAUCACCUUGUCUCAGAAGCAGCACGGAGAUGAGUAACCCUCCUGCUGCCCCCAACAGCGGAGGUCAGGACCCGUGCUUGUCUCUAGUCCUCGGUGUGCAGUAGGCAGAAACCUGCCCUCUGCACCGUCUCCUGGCAGGCGUAGCCCGGGCUGGAUCUAGUCCGCACUUUCCCACUCAGCCGGGAGCCAGCCAUCAUGCAGAACACAGACGGCCCAGCCACGAGGCAGAGCGGCCCUUUCGGGGACUCCUUCCUCAGAACCAAGCGCAGUGAGUGGAUCCAGCGCUGUUACACAUGUGAAAAGGGCAUGAGGGCGACUUCUGUUGUGUGGGGUAGCUGGUGGGAGACUUCCUGAUUCUUUUUCCAUGUGGGAAAGUCUUAGCUUACCCUCUGGUACAUGGGAUUGUCAUUCUUUGUAGUUGGUUCUCAUUACAGAUAAUCAGCAUGGCUUGUGUAUACUUCGUUACAUAAUCAUUAAGUUGAUUAGUUUGUAUUGAAAUUUAAAACUUGGGUUUUUUAUAUGUGUAUAUAUGUACACAUAUAAAUAUUUUUUACCAUAUAAAACUGCAGUAGCUAAUUUUUCGAUUUCCUAUUUUAUAAUGAAAUUAUGUGGGCUGGAAAAAUACAAAACAUUUUAUAUUCUAGAAGUAAUUUAUUUUGGAAGUACAUUUUUAUAAUGGUCUGAUCUCAUUUUUAGACAAUGAAAGCACAGUGAGUGAUGGGUCUGAUUUAUACGAACAAAUGGGAGCGGAAACCCCUGUGGAUCAUUGCAGUACAGUAUUUGGUCCCUGCACAUUUCUCGCUGGUGCUUUUUGGGAAAUGGAUUGUGUGCACCACUUCACUACAUAAAGCAGAGCGUUCUCAAGUUUCAUCCAUGCAAAGAUGCGCCCCCCCGCCCAGCAUGAAAGAAGGCUCUUAAGACUCGGAGAGAAGAAAAGGCUGUGAUUUAUUCUUUCUCUCCUUCUAUACCUCACUGCUUAGUAGCACCUUUCCUGAAAGGCUGGACCAUGACCUUUCAGGAAAGAUCAUGAAUCAGGUCAGAGUGUUAAAUGUCCACGUGAAAUAUUUACACUUUGCAGCAUCUACUCGAAAUUUUCAAGUAUUACCUAAAACUCAGCGUAUGUACUUGUACAGAGAUAAAUUUUGUGAGUAGAAUAUGUAGUUAAGCUUUUUGAGAUUUUCAGAACUACAGUGCGUUUUAAGGAGUUAGGGCUCCUGGAAGUCAAAAAAUGAGAAAGCAAAAAAUGCCUGUCUUCCCUAUAGAAAGAACUUUAGAAUAUAGCUUAACAUGUAGGUAAAUGUCAUGAAACGAACACAUUCUAACAAAAUAGGAGAAGGAGGGGCAGAAGUGUCCUGAGUGUUUGUGUACUUUCUUACCUUGAUUUUGAAGGACCUCCACUCACUAAAUGUUAUUCAUAGUACCUACUACUAAAAUCAUCUUUAAUUUAUUUUUUAAAGUUUUUUUUUUAUUUUGGGGGAUCAAUAAUGAGACGAUCUUGUUAUAUUUAUGAUACCACAGAGUGGAAAAAAACUUUUUUUUAAGUAUACUCAGAUAGGUUCUGUUUUACUCAAAUUUUUAUCCCCAGUCUGGAACACUUUGUGAGCCCCUCUUCUGGGCCAAGUGCUGUUUGUUGAGCUAAACUGAACACAGUGUAGUAAUUAACCCUCAAAAGUCGCACCCCUCUUUCUCUAGGACAUACUGUGUAAGCCAUCCCAGGAGAUGAAGACACGAUGCUGCUCAGCCUUGGAAUGCUUGUUGAAUCUGGUAAAUGUCAGUAUGAGCAGAAAGCAAAACAUUGCAUAACAUGUUUCAAGCAUUAUUAUAAAGUCCCGUGUUAACAGUUUGUGUCUGCUGCUCUGAUUUUGAAACACGUUUGUAUAUAGAUAGAGAAGUUGGCGUAAAUUUUGUUAAAUAAAGCAACUAUAAAAUUU